AUGAAUAAUGAAGAGACAAAUCUUGUUCAUUUAUGUCCGAAAUAUUCGGGCGGAUGUGAACAUACGCCAUUAACAAAUGAUGAUCUUUUAAAACUUACGGAUCAACAAGGACAAUUGAUUUAUGGACCUAGUUUAUUCGCACUUCAAUAUCGAGUUCUUCCUUGUACGAUGAGUGAAUCACAAGGAAAUUCUAAUGAAUAUGGUGAUACUUAUACGUACAAUAUGUACGGUAGAUUCUCGGCUUUAAAUCGAGGACGACGAUGGAAUGGAAAACGUAAACAAGGAGGCAUGUAUCAUACUACAAGUGUAAUACAUUUUCUUAUCGAUGAAUACAAAGUAGAUCCAGAUACAUUUCUUUAUAGUUCGAGUUAUGAUAUCUCAGAUAAUGAUUCUCUCAUGACCGAUGUUUAUAUCAACUUAGGCAAUUAUUUUUCAGUACAAUUUUCGGGCGGUGUUCUAAGUCCUACCAAUGUUGACAAUCCUAAUAAUCUGAAGUCUGAUCAAGAAGACAAUGUUUUCAACUGUUUUUCCGUCAUUCAGAUAUUUCAUAUACCACAAAAAGCGAAAGAAGCUCGAAUGUUAUUGCAACAAUUAUCUAAAUUCAAAUUAUAUCCAGUAACUGAAGCUACUCUUCAAAUGGUUUGUCAUGAUACACAACAUGGUUUCUAUACAUCAUCGAUUCGAAUGAAAAAGCCUCACAUUACCGAUCUUAAACUUCAUUAUGGAGAUGAUUUUCCGGAUAUUCAUGAAGAACUUCUCGAAACAUUACAAGAAAAAGAUUCAACCGGUAUUACAUUACUUCAUGGUCCUCCUGGUACUGGCAAGACUUAUUAUCUUCGUUAUUUAAUUAAUGAAAUUCAAGAUAAAAGUUUAAUUUAUGUUCCACCUGAUUUAGUCAAUGAUAUGACAAAACCUGGUUUCUUGCCAUUUCUCAUGCAACAUCCAAAUUCAAUACUCAUUGUUGAAGAUGCUGAAAAUAUUAUUCGUGAUCGACAACAAGAUAGUUACUUGCCUAACCAAGCCGUUGCAAAUUUACUCAAUCUUUCUGAUGGUCUACUUGGUGAUGCUAUGCAUCAACAAAUUAUCUGUACGUUUAAUUGUGAUGUCAAAGGUAUCGAUCCUGCUCUCUUACGUGAUGGACGUCUAGUAAUCGAACAUAAAUUUGACAAAUUAAGCGUACAGAAUGCUCGUCGUUUAUGUAUUGAAUUAGGUAUACCAAAUAAUGGCAAGGAUAUUCAUGAAUCGACUACUAUAGCUGAAAUUUAUACGCGAAAGAAUGCUGUAGAAGCAACUUCUGCAAAUGAUCUUGAGAAUGGCAUAACAUUAAGAGAAAAACGAAGAUUAAAUAAAAAGAAACAGAAACAACAAACACAUUUGGGCUUUUAUUCAUAA